AUGGCACAGGACUUGUUGCUGAGGGCGGCUCAGUACGGAGAAGUGGACGAAGCGCUGUCUCUGAUCCAAAAGGAGCAUGCACAGCCAGAGCUGGCGAUGCCUCCCACGAAUACCACAGCCCUCCAUGCGGCCUGUCGCAGUGGCACAUUGGACAUGGUACGCAUAGGGCUAAUCGGGUACCCGGUACCGGUGAUGCCGGAUCCUGCACCUUUGUCCUUUGUUGGAUGCGUGGCUCAAGAGCGUCUCACAAAUGAGAUUGAAUUCGAUGAUGUUCUUGGAAUUUCCUGGGUGAUGCAGAUUUUCAUCAAGACUUAUACUGGAAAACGUCCAGUUUUGGAAGUCGAAGCUGGUGAUUUGGUGGCGAGCGUCAAGAAACAGAUUUGGGAGAAAGAAGGCAUCCCUCCCGAACAGCAGCUCCUGUACUUUGCAGGGAAGCAGUUGCUGGACGACUGUGCGCUCUCCUUCUAUGACAUUCAUAGUGAGUGUACCCUGGAACUGGAGCCCCAACGGGAGCAACGGGAGCCCCAACGAUCUCAACGAUCGCUCUGUAUAGAGGUCCAGAAGCUCUCCGGUGAAACUACUCACAUCAGUGCUUUGUCUACAGACACCACCGCAGACUUGAAAGAGAGGAUCCGCAACUCUCAAGGUAUCUCAGAGGCAGACCAGACCUUGGUUUUUCAGAACCACGUUCUACAGGAUGAUGCCAAACCCUUCGAAGUGCUGUGCGACUCGAAGAUUGUCGUGCAGUUGGUGAUCAAAUCCAAAGCUCCAGCACAGACCUUGCAGAUCAAGAACACCUCCGGCCACAUUUUUGAGGUGACCAUGAAUCCAAAUGACACUUUGGAAAGGCUCAAAGAGCUUAUCGAAGAACAGCACGGCAUGCCCAAGGACAAGCAAAUCCUUGUCUAUGCAGGUAAAAAGAUCGACAAUGACCGUACCAUUGCUGAGUGCGACUUCAAGGGUCCUCUACUCCUGGUGAAGAAAGUCUCGAUGGAAGUCACGGUGAAAACAUUGACCGGCAAGAGCUUUUCCGUGCACAUCUGUCCUUCAGAAACGAUCGCAAACGUCAAACUGAACAUACAAAGCAAGGAGGGCUGGCCAGCUGAUCGACAACGUUUGAUCUUCCAAGGGAAACAGCUGAAUGACCAGGAGAAGGUUCAGGAUUAUAAAUUGACAGAAGGGAACACUCUCCACCUAGUGAUGCGCCAGACUGUGACCUGUCCUGCCUCAAGUUCCCUUGUUGGAAGCUGCGAGAGUCCAGGGGCCUGUGGCCUAUCAAACAUGGGCAACACCUGCUAUUUGAAUUCGACACUACAAGCUCUUUCGAAUACGGUUGCUUUGCGACGAUACUACGACGAAGGUCACUACAAGGCCGAUAUUUCGACGUCGCCAGACAGCAUGGGUGGACGACUGGCUGAUGGCUUCGCGAAUCUGCUGCGAUCCUUGUGGGGUGGCAGCUACAGCGUCGUGAGUCCAGGGAAGCUGCGAGAAUUGAUCAAUGAGAAGUGGCAGCAAUUUGCUGGAUAUCAACAACACGAUGCUCAGGAGCUGCUCAUGUUUUUCCUCGACGGCCUUCACGAAGACGUGAAUCGCAAGAACGGUUCCUCCGUCAGCGCUGCGAAGGCGGUGUCGUCGGACGGGCAGGUGAGCAGUCCUGCGGCUGGCUCCAACGGCGAGAUGGGCGAUGGCGAGGGAGAUAGCUCCAAGAUUAUGGACAUUUUUCAGUUCCAGGUGCGCUCCAAGAUUACCUUCAAUGAGAUUGAGGAGGAACCAUCUCUGAAAUAUGAACCCAUGGUCUACUUGUCCUUGCCGGUGGCAUCAGUCGGCUCGGAGCUUGCCAGCGCUCAACGUGUACAUCUGGUGGACUGUUUGCAUCACUUCUCCAGUCACGAGGAGCUGAACCAGGAUGACUGGGCCUACUGCGAGCGAACUCGACGUUGCGAAAGAUCAAGCAAGAAACUGGACAUUUGGAGCGCACCUGAAUGUCUCAUCAUCCAUCUGAAACGCUUCGCAGUGGAUUCGACAUCAGGUGGCACUGAAAAGAUCGAUACCUUCGUCGACUUCCCGAUGGAUCUCGACUUAGAUCCCUUCGUGGUGGGUCCGAAAGCGACGACGCGACAGCUGUACCGUCUCUAUGCGGUGGUGAAUCACUCGGGGAGUCUCUCCUUCGGACACUACACCGCGUAUUGCAAAGUGGGUGAAGAGCCAAGUCGCCAGUGGUAUUUGUUCAACGAUGCCACGGUCUCCGCAGCGAGCGAGUCAGAUGUGGUUUCUCGAGAGGCAUACAUCCUUUUUUACGAGCGGAUCUAGUGAGUCUCCACUAGAUUUACUAGUCCUUCGUAAGAGUUCCCAAUUCGAUCCAAUUCGUGAAAUUCAGGGCCCAUGCCCAGACCCCGCAGGGGGCGAGAAAAGCAAAGGCCCUCAGGGGUUUUCGUGGAGGCAAUUUCGAUCCAACCUCCCAGUUUCACUGCCACAUAGACAAAACCAUAGAGUUGCGAGCAGUGGAUGGCCGACAAAUAGGGCAAAA